AUGUCCGAUGCUGUACUGACAUGUUCGGAAGGUCCUGUCGUCCGCAUCACCCCAGACGAGGUCCAUGUCCAGGAGCAGUUCUACAAUCCUAACUAUGCCGAGGGUUGGAUCAAAGGCACCGAGGUUCUAGAUGCUGGCCGUGACCAAUUAAGAGACACUACCAAAAGCUUCCAUAUAAGGAAUCAGGUGCGAUCAAUUCUCCAGAUCGAGGUCCGUCAGAUCAUCCGCGGCCUGGUCCGAAAGCAUCAAGUCCAUCGAGUGUUCAGCUCGCGGAUUCGGUCCUUUAUCCCAAUAACCGAGCUCCGUGGACCCCAAACAGAUCACACUGAAGGAAGCGAUCUUGAAAAUGGAUCUCCAACCGCCUUGCUUUCGGCGCGGGGCCGAUCGAUGUCCAGAUCCAGCCAGGAGUGCAAGGGUCCGCUCCCCACGUCGGGUAACACAGGCCCACGGUUGUGGUAUCCGUAA